AAAACAAAUUUGAUUCUCACAUAAGAAAAAAAAAAAACAGAGAGAGAAAAGAAAAGGUUGAAACUUUGACAAUCUGAGAUUGUAAUUGAGGCGGGACCAUUAUUGAACGAACGAACGAACGAAAGCGAGAGAGAUUUGAUUCCUUCCCUUCCCUUCCUUCCUCAUCUUCUUGUUCCCUUCAGCUCUGUUUGACUCAUUGAUCCAUUCAAAAGCUUGAAUCUUUAAAUGACGAACGAUUCCGAUGAUGCCUUGGUCUCUUCAAGACAACUCCUUUUGCUUGCUUCGAUUUGUUCCGGUGCUCUCAUGUGCAAAAUCGUUUAUGACUUGACUCGUUUCAUAAGUCCAUUGCUCUUUGGUGUUUAUGGAAAACUCGACAGCAAAGUUAGAAUGGAAUGGAACAAUAGGGGAUUCUCAACCUUUCAUGCUGUUUUGACUUCUGUGGCUUCAAUCUAUCUCUUGGUGAUAUCUGAUCAGUUUGAUGAGAAUGUUCAUGGUGAUGCAGUUAUCAAUAGUACAACGAAGUUAUCAGAAUCUGUAAUGGGGAUCUCCUUGGGCUAUUUUCUAUCAGACUUGGCAAUGAUCUUUUGGCAUUUCCCUGCUCUUGGUGGUAUUGAAUACGUGUUUCAUCACUUCUUAUCGAUGUUCGCCAUCAUUCUUUCUGUCACAAGUGGGCAAAGUCAGUUCUACAUCUUCAUUGUUCUCUUAUCAGAGGCCACAACCCCGUUUGUUAAUCUACGGUGGUAUUUGGAUACUAGUGGUCAAAAAGGCUCCAAGGCUUACACACUCAACGGGAUUGCCCUGUUCUUGGGUUGGCUGGUUGCGAGGAUCUUAUUGUUCAUCUACUUCUUUGUUCACAUGUACCUCCAUUUCCAUCAGGUGAAGCAAGUGUUUCCACUGGGAUUUUACAGCCUUCUUACGAUACCACCGGCUCUAGCAGUGAUGAAUCUCAUUUGGUUCUGGAAAAUCACCAAAGGAAUGAUCAAAACACUCUCCAAGGCGAAAACAUCGGCAGUGAAGAAACAGUGAUUGAUGGUUAGAAAGCUCUGCUUGCCCUGGAAAAUAUUUUCGAUUGCAUUCACUUUGAUCUGUCCAUGAAAAAUUGGUUGAUAUUCAUGUUGUGAUUGUUCUUUGAUUCCUUUUGGGUUUAUGAACAAGAAUGUGCAAGCUAUGGGGGAUUUGUAUAUUUUCAAACCUUUCAGCUGUUUCUUAGGUAUUCAACUUGUAAAGUUAGAAUCAGAAUCGUCACUCAAUCUUCAAAGAUGCUACUGUUACCAAAUGGCAAGAUUUGGUUUGGUGUAGAA